AGCUACUGUAGUGACCAGAUCCACAGGACAUCUUAAAGCUAUUACAGAUUGCAAACCUGACGAACACCAAAGCCUCCCCGGCUGGUGAAGGGCGCCAACUGCUGGCACCAUGUUUGCGCCUGUAAUUCUCCUUCUCUGUGUCUUCAUUCAUAUCACAUAUGGAGAACCCGUUGUCACUCAGGUUACACCAACUGUUGGCAGUGUGAACGGAGCGACGAGAAUCACAAUCAGAGGACGAGGCUUUGCAGAAGCCAAUCAGUUCAACUAUGGCGAUGGAAACGACAAUCUGGGGAACAGUGUCCAACUCGUUUCGUCAACCCAUUCAAUCCCGUGUGAUGUAGAGAAAGAUGCCAGUCACGCCACACUGAUUACCUGCUACACCAGACCCAUGCCGGAAGAUAAUUACCUGGUGAAAGUGACCGUAGACGGCGUUCCUGCGAUCACCCCCAACUGUUAUGGAUACUACAAUCAAUGGUCGUGUAUGUUCCAGCCACGAAUGCACAGCACCCCAGAGAUUAACAGUAUCGCCCCAGUGUCUGGAACUCCAGGUUCUUUGAUCACAAUCACAGGCAAAAUCUUUACUGACGUCUAUGGCAGUAAUACUGCCUUACGUUCUAAUGGAAGAAGAAAUGUCAGAGUUCUCAGGGUUUACGCUGGAGGAAUGCCGUGUGAACUGCUGAUUCCUAACUCUGAUACGUUGUACGGGUUACAGCUGAACUACGCAAACAGAGAUUAUGGUUUCAUGGUUUGCCGUACUACAGGGACAUACGUCGGACAUCACAAUAUCGGUUUCAUCCUGGACAGUGAUUAUGGAAGGAGUUUACCAGACUUGGCCACAUAUUUUGUGUCUUCCUUGAAUAAGCUGGCCAUGUACCAGACGUAUGCAGAGAUUACAGGGAUUUACCUAUCUGCCCGAAGUAUAGAAGGAGGUGCAAUAAUCACAAUAUCUGGACACUUCUUUGAUGAAACAGAUUCUCCUGCCAAAGUCCUUAUAGGAGAGAUUACAGGGAUGUACCCAUCUGCCCGAAGUAUAGAAGGAGGUGCAAUAAUCACAAUAUCUGGACACUUCUUUGAUGAAACAGAUUCUCCUGCCAAAGUCCUUAUAGGAGGUCAGGAAUGUCAAAUUCUUGGGUUAACAGAUACGAAAAUAUUUUGUGAGAGCCCGGCAAAGCCGCCUGUUCUGCCUUCUCUGUUCCCAGGAAGCCGAGGACUGAAGGUGGAUCGGUGGAAUGUCAGCAUUUCACUGGAUGAUGCUCUAAAAUUGAAUGAAAGCUCCACGGGCUAUGCUGGUUCUUCUUGGUUCGAUGGUGCAUCCAAAUCUUGGCCUCUGGAGAACAGUAACUUUAUCGCUCGGUUCACUGGUUUCUUUGUGCCGCCAGAAACAGAUUACUACACAUUUUAUAUCAAAGGAGAUGAUAAUUAUGCUUUGUAUUUCAAUGAAUCUGGUGACCCUGCAGGAAAGGUGAAGAUUGCCUAUGGAUCCUCCACAACUUCUUACUUCUCCUACACACAUCAGAAGUCGCAGACUUUUUACCUCCAGAAGGGCAAGCCGUGUUACUUUGAAGCAUAUAUCCAAAACUCCUAUGGACCGUCUGUACUAGAUGUUGGCGUACACACACGGACGAGUUCAUACACUGAGAAGCAGACCCCUGACGCCGUACAAGAAGUACAGACCAUACAGUCAUGGAGUGCCACCAUUCUAGAAAACCAGGUUAUAACUCUACGGAACUGGAACACAACCCAGCAAGCAGUGUAUGAGGUUCAGACAAUCACUGUCACCAAAUACUGCAUCUCUCCAUGUCCCGCCAUGUACUACACCCUUAUCUAUGCCAAUGAAGAAACAGAUCCGCUAUCAGCCGACGCUACUGCUCCUGAAAUCCAAGCAGCAUUGAGCAGAUUUUGGUCUAUACAGCCAGACACAGUCAAUGUUCAACAACUAAAUUCUUCUGAAGAAGCAAAUGUCUAUACAGUGACAUUCAAUUCACAAAGAGGUGAUUUCCAGCUUCUCUCCUACAAUAUUCUGGGUGAAAGUAACAUUAUAGUGGAUAUUGAAGAGACGACUAAAGGUGUUCCUGACAUGGCGACCUUCACUUUAGUGUGGGAUAAUGUGUACUCUACACCUCUGGCAGCAAACGCAUCUUCACUAGAGGUGAAAGAGGCCGUACAACAAAUGCUUACCGCUCAGUGUCCGGAUGCGAUAGCGAAUCGGAAAGAAAGUUCAUCCGUCAAAUGUUUCAGGAAUUAUGAAUCGAAUGUAGCGUUGGGUGACUCCGAGGGCACCAUAACAGCCGAGACUGAACCAUUUUGUGGGCGAUUUUCCUUGAAGAAUCCACGACUGCUGUACUAUCAUGAUGUAUAUAAUCCACUGACCGGGUCAAUAUAUGGUGAUUUCUCACUAACUUUAUAUAGGAAGACUUGCUUUGCCUAUAAAGGAUAUCUUAGAAAUGUAAUUUACCUAUUUUUUCAAUAUGAAGAUAUCAGCAGUCCAGGAUCUGUCAAAUACUCAUAUGAUAGUUUCAGCUACAGCUUUGCUCAGGAGACCAGCUGGACUUACACCUGUAUAGAUAUGUUGGAUCUUGUUAAAACCAAAUACAACGGCAAAAAUUUCAAAGUGUACCAAAUUUUCCUGUCGUCAGGUCAAGAUUAUUAUAUAGACGUCCUAUACAUUGGGCAGACCCUGCCUACAAAUGACUUGAACAUUAAUAGGAGGAGACCGGCAAUAUCAGAGAAUGUCUUUAUAAGCGACGUCAGUGUGACCGAAAGAGAUGGCGCCGCUCAGAGACAGUAUAGCAUUGCUUUAACCACAGAUAAUUGUGGAUACAAUAUUCCACUUUUCGCUGCUGGAUUUGCAGAGAAUAUUCUCAGCAGCCCAGCAGAUUCAGCCAUCUAUACAACACCAUCCUGGCCACAAGGCACAUUAAUCCAGAUAAAUCGGACCCAGACUGCAUCCCCUCCCAUCGGGGGAACAUUCAGUAUACAAGCUUAUGGAAAGGAAAUACGUGAUCUCCGUGUAGACAUCUCCAGCAUCGAUCUGAAAUAUGCAUUAGAGACCAUUCCAGAACUAGGCCAGGUUUUCAUACUUUCAAGAUAUAGAAGCUGCAGAGGAUACACAUGGCAAAUAAAGUUCUUAACGGCUACAGGAUACCAGCCGCUCUUACAGGUCAAUGAUUCCAAGGUGACCGGUGUAGCUGCUCAAGUAUCCGCAGUAAAAGUAACUAGCGGAGGCCUGUUUCGUCAGCACCUGUUUGGGGAUUUCGUGAGAACACCAAACACAAAGCCACAGGUGGAAGUCUACAUAAAUGGAAUCCCUUCAAAGUGUUCUGGAAACUGUGACUACAGCUGGGAUGUAAAACAAACACCAUUUAUCUAUUCUAUUAAUACAGCCGUCAAUGGAGAAGAUGCGGUAUUAAUAAUAAAUGGGAUUGGAUUUGCUAACAGCACCGCCAAUGACACAACCUAUGUGACAAUUGGAAAUCUUACUUGCACCAUUCUUACCCUCAGAGAUAAUGAGAUCCGUUGUCAGGCUCAGAAAGCAAGCGCUGGAACAUUCCCGAUCACUGUGUCCAUCGCAGAACGUGGAUUUGCAGUCUCGUAUGGAGGAAACUUGACUUUUACUUAUGAUAUCAUUGUCUCUUCAGUAACACCGUCCUCAGGAAGCCCUGCAGGAGGCACAUUAUUAACAAUUCAUGGCUCUGGAUUUAGUGGGAACUCUGUGGUAGAACUUGAUGGCAAUGGAUGUGCCGUGGUCUUUGCAAAUCUGAGUAUGAUUAAAUGCCGUACCUCUGAGGGGCUAGAAGGCAACGCUGAUCUUAUUGUUUUCACAAAUGGACUUAAUGCCACCUUACCAAAUGCAUUCAAUUUUACCUCUUUCUUGGCACCAACCAUCACUGGAAUUGAACCAAGAACCAGUAGUGUUUUGGGAAAUACAACUCUCACUAUUUCAGGCUUUAACUUCCUAAAUCAGUCAGGAGACAGCGCUGUUUUUCUUGCAAAUGAAACGUGCAAAAUUCUGGAAUGGACACCAACCAAUAUAAGAUGUCUUCUGCCUGCACUUCCACCCGGAACAUACAACAUCAUGGUGCAAGUCGGAAAUGAUGGAUUUGCAAUAACCAGCAUGAAUGAUGGAGCGUCCGUUGCGUAUAUUUUGGAAGUGAACAGCAUCUCCCCACAAUAUGGAUCCCUGUACGGCGGUACUCGAAUCACACUGACGGGAUCCGGCUUCAGUCCUGUCCCAAAUGACAACCAAGUACAAAUAGGGAAUCUCCCGUGUAAAGUCUCUGCCAGUUCGGCCAAGGAGCUGACCUGUGUGAUCCAGAGACCCGGCGCGGUAUAUACGGUGACAAAUGGUGGCAAACAUUCAGUGUACGGCACCGGCUACGCCUGGUCUCCAUCUAGACUGGUGAUAUCUACAGGGGACGCCGUCAUUUGGCAGUGGAACGCUCAGCCUUUAAUCACGGGUAUUGGAUACAGAGUAUUUUCGGUGUCGGAUCCGGCCAACCUUACCUAUGAUGGAAUUUCCUUCAACAGCGGGGCUCGUGCGCCCUCAGGUGUAUUUUCCUAUAAUUUCACAUCGCCGGGGACUUACUACUACAGCAGCGGCUAUGUCAAUGACGGAAAUACCAUAAUUAUGCAAGGAGUCGUAAUUGUAAUGCCAGUUGUCGAGCAGAUCAGCCCAGUGCGUGUGUCUGUUGGAGGAAAGGAGGCCACCAUUGCUUCUGCUCCACGUCCAACCACACCGCCAGGUGUCUGCGUCACCCCAGAUCCGGAGUGCCCAGAGUUGGCCCUAUUACCUGUCAGCAAUACGUCUGCAUGGUUUGGAUUCUCCGACUGUUAUUCUCCUGUUAUUACCAGCAUUACACCAAACUUUGGAACAAUCCAUGAUGCUAUAACCAUCACAGGAACCGGGUUCAGUAACCUUACUUGUGCCAACCAGGUUUCAGUCGGCAAUUAUCCUUGUGUCGUGUCUUCUUCUAGCAAGACUUCAGUUACAUGUAAAGUGGAUCCCCAGAACUCCAUGGAUAUUGGGGUUGCAGAAAUGGUGUCACUUACAGUAAACAACUAUGGUUAUGCCAUCAACUCUUUAAAAAAUGAGAUGAGCAGGCGAUUCGCCCUCCUACCCCACAUUGACUCCAUCUCGCCAAUCAACGGGUCUGAUACAGGAUCCACCAGAAUUACCAUACACGGGUCUCUAACUUACACAGAUAUUGUAUGUCACACUCUGCCUAGUUAUUCACACAGUGUAAACCUUGCGGUAAAGGUGAGGGGAAUCAGUGCCCAGUGCAAAGGCUCCUGCAGCUUUACCUAUUCAAGUGCACUUACACCACAAGUAUCCAGUGUUGACCCAACUAUACUGCGAAAUGCUACCACGAUCCACAUCAAUGGCCUUGGCUUUGGGGAGGUUGCUGAUGAUGUCACCGUUUAUGUCGGUGCCAUGAAAUUGAAUGUGGUAGAUGUCACUGACACAGACAUAACGUGCAACAUAGACCCCAUUCCUGCCGGAUACUAUCCUGUCAUAGUCAUUGUACUCAGUAAAGGCUUGGCUCAAGGGUCUUUCACCAUGAACAGUCCUGCCGAAGCCACGCUCUUGACACCUUCCGGAAGUGUUUUAGGCGGAACUCUUCUACUCAUACAAGGGAAUGGAUUUCAUCUUACCAAUACUACUGUUCAAGUCGGUGGUGCACCAUGUCCAGUCACUGCAGUUGCUCCUUAUAGUCUCCAGUGCAUGACUCCACCCAGGACCACUGCUACAACCACUUCCGUGAUCAUCCGUGUACCAUCUGCCUCUUACCCACCACUCAGCUUCUCCUACUCAGAGGCCGAUACUCCAACGGUAACGUCAGUUCUUCCAAAUAUAGGACCUUCUGGAACCAUUGUCACAGUGUCUGGGUCUGGUUUUGGUUUGGAUGCCUCAGAAAUGAAAGUGACCAUUGGCAAUGCCACCUGCUCCAUCACAGGAGUGUCUGAUAGCCAGCUGAACUGCACCGUAGGAGAUCACUGGGGCGGCACAUUCCCCGUCUCAUUUCAGAAUCAGAAGGGGUUUGCAAGAUCCAGUGCAAAAUUCACCUAUGAACUUAGUAUGACCGGUGUCUCUCCGAGUGAAGGUGGUUUUGGUGGUGGGUUAAUCCUCACCAUCGCUGGCUCCGGAUUUGAUGAUCAAAUUUCCAAGGUGUUUGUGUGCGGCUCUAAAUGUGAGGUGGACCAAACGCGAUCAGAUGGCGGUUUUCUGUAUUGCGCAGUGCCCAUAAGGAACAAUACUAAUACCUCCUCCUUCAGCUGCAAUGUCAGUGUGGAGAAUGGAAAUAACAAUGUGCAGAUCAAUAACUCCUUUACAUACUCAUCCGCAUUAACUGCUGCCAUAUAUGAUGUCAGCCCCAAGAGAGGAGGCACAGCUGGGGGAACCAGACUCACAAUCACUGGAUUCCAGUUCAGCACUAAUACCUCGGCUAUCACUGUCACCAUAGCACAGUCCGUGUGUGUCGUCCAGUCGGCUAAUACCACACAAAUUGUCUGUAUAACCAGUGCCCACUCUCCUUCACAAAGAGCCAAAGUCACAGUAUAUAUCGAAGGCCAAGGCAUUGCAACGAUGGACAAUGCAGACUUUUUCUACAUCGAUGUCUGGUCUUCUAAAUACACCUGGGGAGGAGAGUCUCCACCCGAUGAGGGGUCCAUGGCGGUCAUCACAAAAGGGCAAACCAUACUACUGGAUGAGAGUACUCCAGUACUGAAGAUGUUGCUGAUCCAAGGAGGAACUCUGAUUUUUGAUGAAGCAGAUAUAGAGCUGCAGUCUGAGAACAUCCUCAUUACAGAUGGCGGUGCUCUUCAGAUUGGAACCGAGGCAGCUCCAUUCCAGCACAAAGCAAUAAUCACCUUGCAUGGCCACUUACGUUCUCCAGAGUUACCAGUAUAUGGAGCUAAGACGUUGGCUGUGAGGCAGGGGACCCUGGACCUUCAUGGUAUCCCCAUUCCUGUUACAUGGACUAGGCUUGCUCAGACAGUGGAAUCGGGAAACUCUACUAUAAUUCUACAGAAAAGUGUGACUUGGAAAGCGGGAGAUGAAAUAGUGAUCGCAUCCACAGGUCACAGACUCAGCCAAAGUCAGAAUGAAAAGCGGACUAUUCAGUCUGUAUCUGGAGAUGGCACAGUCCUGACCCUAACACAGCCAUUACUCUACAAACACCUGGGAAUUUCGGUCACUCUACCUGACGGUACUGUUUUUGAGGCCAGAGCAGAAGUAGGUCUCCUCACUAGAAACAUCGUUGUCAGGGGGUCAACCAAUGUGGAAUGGAGCGACAGCAUAGCGGCCUGUCCGGAUGGAUUUGAUACUGGUGAAUUUGCCACACAGACGUGUUUCCAGGGAAGAUUUGGGGAGGAAAUAGGGAGUGAUCAAUUUGGAGGCUGUAUAAUGUUCCAUGCUCCAAAACCUAAUCAACUUCUGUCCAUUGGAAGAAUAGAAUAUGUGGAAGUUUUCCAUGCAGGGCAGGCUUUCAGGUUAGGCCGGUAUCCAAUACACUGGCAUUUAAUGGGUGAUGUCCAGUAUAAAUCGUAUGUGCGUGGUUGUGGAAUUCAUCAGACCUACAACAGAGCAGUGACCAUCCACAAUACCCACCACCUACUUGUGGAAAAUAAUGUCAUCUACGAUAUCAUGGGAGGAGCGUUCUUCAUUGAAGAUGGCAUUGAGCACGGAAACAUACUUCAGUACAACUUGGCUGUGUUUGUUAAGCAAAGUACCAGCUUGCUCAAUGAUGAUGUUACCCCAGCAGCAUUUUGGAUUACCAAUCCAAAUAACACAAUUAGACACAAUGCCGCUGCUGGUGGCACCCACUUUGGCUUCUGGUACAGGAUGCACAAUAACCCAGAUGGACCUUCCUAUGAUCCUAACAUUUGCCAGAAUUUGGUGCCACUUGGAGAAUUCUACAAUAACACAGUUCACUCUCAGGGAUGGUUUGGCAUAUGGAUUUUUGAGAAUUACUUCCCAGUGGUAGGUGGAAGUUGCUAUUCUUCUACACCAUUCCCGGCUAUUUUCAAGUCUUUGACCACUUGGAAUUGUCAGAAAGGAGCAGAAUGGGUCAAUGGCGGUGCUCUCCAGUUCCACAACUUCACCAUGGUCAAUAAUGAGGACUCUGGCAUAGAAACUAAGAGAGUCAUUUUAAAUUAUGUUGGUGGAUGGGGAGAGGCCAGCGGAGCUGUCCUAAAAAAUGCUAUCAUCGUGGGACAUCUGGAUGAGUUAGGACUUGGUCCUAAUUACUGCACUGCUAGAGGCAUCACCCUCCCAUUUGAUGAAGGACUUACUGUUUCGUCUGUAAAGUUCAUCAACUUUGACCGAUCGAACUGUGCAGCCAUCGCUGUCACAUCUAUUGCUGGAGUCUGCUCAGACAGAUGUGGAGGCUGGAGUGCAAAGUUUAAUGGAAUACAAUACUUCAAUUCACCCAGAAAGGCGGGAUUUAGAUGGGAGCAUGAAGUUGUUCUAAUUGAUACAGAUGGGACAUUGACAGGAAAGACAGGAGCAAAAGUGGUGCCAGGAAGCGGGCUCCUCGAUCCGUCCCAGUGCAGCCAAAGCAGUGAUUGGAGUGCUGGAUUCCCUGGAUAUAUCUGUAAUGCCUCCACCAGCUUCCACAGACUGGCCUUCAACAACCCAUCCCCUUAUUCUCUUCAAGGAAAGAAUGUCAUUAUUUCAAAUUUGUUUGGCUCUAGUGUUGUACCUUACCUGCCAAAACGCCUGACACACGCAUAUGGAUGGAUGGCCCUGUUACCCAAUGCUAUUUCCUUCAACUGGUAUUUCAGCGGUGUGGAUUUCAUUACAAACAUCUCAUAUACAUCGACCUUCUACGGAUUCAAGAGUGAAGACUACGUGCUGAUAUCCCACAACUUUACUCAGAAGCCGGACAUGUUCACAAUAGUUGAUGUGCGCAAUGGAUCCUCACAGCCAUUGAGCUGGGACAAUAAUACCAGUGGAGACUGGUACUUCAAUGAUAACACCACUACACUAACAUAUCUAGUGUCUGGAAAAAACAAACUCCAGAGACGUGCCGUAGCCGGGACCCUUGACACAACCAUGAAAAACACCAAUGUAAACCUGGUGGUCUACCAAUGCUAUUUCAAGAACUGUAUUCCACCCCCUCCCCCAACUGUACCCUCAAUCAUACCUAUAUCAUUCUAUGAUUUAUGGUCUAAUCGUUCCUUCUGGGAAUCAUCAGCAGAAAACAAUUAUACUGUCCCGAAGGAAGGAUCCAAUGUUGUAAUCCCACCAGGCAAGUAUAUUAUAGCUGAUGUAGAUAUCCCACCCCUGCAUAAACUCACCAUUUAUGGUGUCUUGGAGCUGAGAAAUCUCACCGACAACUCAACAACCAGGACUUUACCCACCUUCAAGACAACUGUACUAAAUGCCACAUACAUUUCCAUCCAGGGUGGAAGAUUGAUAGGGGGAACUCAGGACAACCCAUUCCAAGGAGAAUUACAUAUUGUACUACGAGGAAACCAUUCAACUCCAGAGUUAUUAUUGCCAAAUGGACCAAACCAAGGCUCAAAGGUUUUAGGAGUGUUCGGUCAGCUGGACCUACAUGGACUGCCUCGCUCUGUGUAUAGAACAAAGCUAGCACAAACCGUAUUAGCAGGAUCUCAAACCAUCACCGUCUCAAAGCCAGUAGACUGGAAGGUGGGAGAAGAUAUUCUGAUCACGACCACCAGUUAUAGUGCCUGGCAGACAGAAAUCAGGAAAAUCACUGAUGUUUCUUCUGACCAGAAGACCCUUACCUUAAAUGUGUCCCUCAGCUUUAAGCACUCUGCUAACACCUAUCAAGUACCAAACACGACCCUGAAUUACACUCUGGCUGCUGACGUUGCUUUACUUAGUAGAAAUGUUAAGAUCAUUGGUCAGGACUACCCUGGUUGGUACAGUGAAUCCUUUGGAGCCCGAGUUCUCGUCAGCACAUUUUCAGCCAACAAUAUGGAAUAUCGAGGUAAUGCAAGAAUUGAAAAUGUGGAAUUUUACCACAGUGGGCAGUAUGGUUAUACAGAUCCCACAGACCCGCGGUACUCAUUGGCGUUCCUCAAUCUUGGAGAGGUAUUAUCCAAUGAGUCCUACGUUAAGGGAUGUGCCUUCCAUGAUGGAUUUUCCCCAGCAAUCGGAGUGUUUUACACAAAUGGACUCAACAUUGACGACAACGUUAUUCACUUCACUGUAGGAGAAGGAAUCAGAGUAUGGGGAGAACGUGUCAAUAUAAGGGGAAAUCUUGUUACCCUUGCUGUUUGGCCUGGCACAUACCAAGAUCUCGAGGACGUAACCUAUAUCUUGUGGCAUGCUGGAAUAGAGAUCAGUGAAGGAGCCGACAUUGUACUGCAGGAUAAUGUGGUUGCUGGGUUUGAAAGAGCUGGAUAUCGCAUUGAUGGAGAAUAUUGCCAAAAUGUCGCCGAUCCCAGUAAGCGCUGGUCUAACAAUGAAGCCUAUGGCGGGUUAUAUGGCAUCUUUAUGAACCAAGACGGACUUCCUGACUGUUCACUUAUAAGAGGAUUUAAGUUAUGGAAAUGCUGGGAUUAUGGUAUCUACAUCCAGAUCACGUCCUCAGUGCAGAUCUCUGAAGUGUUUCUAGCAGAAAACGGAAUGGGUAUACUUCCUAUAAUAUACACACCGCCAUCAGUCACCCACCAGAUAUCAAACAAGACAGUCCAGAUCUCGAAAUCCUUGCUGGUGGGAUCCAGUCCAGACUUCGAUUGCACAGAUGUUCUGACAAACAGUGAUGCCAAUGUCAAGCUUUCUGCUCAGCACCGCAGUGCCAGACCACCCACUGGUGGUAGAAGUGGUAUCUGCUGGCCCACCUUUGCCUCUGGCCAUAACUUGGCACCUGGACACCCAAAUGCAGGGAUAACGAACUACAAUGCAAUCAGUGGCCUAAUGACUGUAACAGACACAACAUUUGUGUCAUACAGAUCUGUAUGUUCUGGAGAAUCCAAUGUCAUGUUCAUGACAAACCCAGAAAAUGAAGAUUUGCAGCACCCUGUCGAAGUUUCCUGGAUAACAGCUGUGAACAGUUCAGAGAAUCAGAAAAUCUUCAUCCAUCGACCAGACGUGUCAAAAGCUAACCCAUCUGACUGCGUAGAUAUGACCUGUGAUGCUAAGAGGAAGACCUUGUUAAAAGAUCUUGAUGGUUCUUUUCUGGGGAAGAUUGGGGCAGUUGUCCCGCAAUCAGAAUACCAGUGGAAUGGAGACACCAGGUAUGGUCUUAGAGACUACAGGAUUCCAAAAGUCAUGCUGACUUACCUGAAUGGAAGUAGGAUCCCUGUGUCACAGGUGGCCCCAAACAAAGGGAUUAUCAGAGAUAACACGUGUGGGAACAUGUCUGCCUGGGGGGCCUACAAAUGCAGUGGCCUGAACUACGAGAUGCUCGUCAUUGAGAGCCUCGAUGCUGACACUGAGACUAGGCGCCUCUCGCCUGUGGCUGUGCUGGAGGAUGGCUUUGUGGACCUCAUCAAUGGGCCCCAAGACCAUGGCUGGUGUUCUGGAUACAACUGUCAGAAGAGGGUCUCCUUGUUUCACACUAUAGUGGCUACAAACAAGGUUUUUGAUGUGUAUUUUAGCAGUACGAGCCCCCAGAAUCUCCGACUGAAACUACUCAACACAGACAACACAAAGGCUGUCCUUGUGGGAAUCUACUUCUCGAAUCCUCAGCGACUGGAUGUCUAUGUUAAUUCUGUCUAUAUAAAUCCUACAAAUAUACAAUGGAAGGGCUCAGACUAUACACUGCAAGAACCUACUUAUAAGGGACAAUACAUGCCUCAGCUCAACUCCACAGUUUUGGGAGAAAACUUCCUCAACAGAGACUAUAACAUGCUGUACGUUCUGGUCAGAGGGUCCUCUCCAGUGGAAAUCCACACAUCUCGUCUGAUUGUUGUAGCAUUUAAUCUUCCGGCAAUGACCGUGGAUCAGUUCUACGGUGCCAAUCUUGCCCAGAACCUUGCACUUUUCUUGAAGAUCCCAGCAAGCAAAAUACGUAUUACAAAGAUAGUUGCGGAGGGCUCUAGACGCAGAAAGAGAGCCACAGGAGGACUGUCGGUAUCCGUAGAAAUUUCCGAUCCACCGUCCCCACAAAUGAACUCUUCUACGAACUCAACAGAUGGACUGACGUACACAGACUUCCAGACGAUGAGUAAAGACCUGGCAUCUUCUGUGAUUAAUGGAAGUCUCAGCUCGCAGCUGAACGUCACUGUGUCAUCAUUGUCCAUUUCUAAACCAGUUCCACCCCCUAGUGAUCCUGCCUGGAGUCAGGUCGCAGCUGAUCUUGUUAACAACACUCAGUCAUCUACUGGAAACUUUUUGGCCACUGUAUCUAAACUCAGAGUCGUCCAAGAACCUGUGGCUGGACUUCCUGGAGAAAGGCUUUCCCAGCAGCCAUCUGUAAUGGCUGUAGAUUCCAAUGGGAACUGUGUCUCUGUAAGUACAAGUUCAUUGACACUGACAGCAACCCUGAAAUACUCUAACAACACCAUCGUUAGCAAUGGAUUGGAUGGAAAUGUGACCAUCUUAUUUGACACCUGCUGGGCUAACUACACCGACCUUGUUCUCAUAGUGCCAGGAAAAGGAUACCAACUUGAAUUUGUGCUAAAUAAUGCCUUUGCCCAGACAAGAUCAUUUGAUGCUAAAUCUGUAACAACCACCACCACCACCACCGUCCCUUCAACUACUUCCAAUGGAAAUGGAGGUUGGAAUGAUGUUGGAGACGCUGCUAUCGCCAUACACAGUCCCUUCCAGGCAUUGCUAACUUUGGCCAUCACUUUCAUUACUGUGCAUCUAUUAAUGGAGAUGUAAAUACUGAGAUACAGAUAAGAACAUUUCCAGAAGACUGGAUUUUCUGGUCACUAGUGGCAUUAUCUCUAAAACUGUAAUAUUUUCUCAGUGCUGUGAUUAGUGCAAAUUCUUUAUUUAAUAAAAAGAUGAAAUCAACAGAAGCACCAAGGGAAUAAAUUAUAAUCCUCUUCGGAACUAUUCUGUAAAAUUUGUGAAAACCUGCAAUUGUCCUUCCACUUCAAGAAAUGAUCAGAAAAUAAAAACGGCU